CAUAACCAAACAAGAACAAAAAAAAUGAGGUCCCCAAGCCAUGUGAUCUUAGCCAUUAUUUUCUUCAUAUACUGUUCAACCUUGUCUUACAUUUCUUUAGCCCAGAGCUCCCCUCAAGACUUCCUUGAUGUUCAUAAUCAAGCUCGUGCAGAGGUUGGUGUUGCUCCACUCUCAUGGAAUCACACCCUCGAAGCCUAUGCUCAGAACUAUGCCAACGAGAGAAUCAGUGACUGUGACUUGGAGCACUCUAUGGGGCCUUUUGGUGAGAAUCUUGCUGAAGGAUACGGUGAAAUGAAGGGUUCAGACGCGGUGAAGUUUUGGCUAACUGAAAAGCCCUAUUAUGAUUACCAUUCCAACUCUUGUGUUCAUGAUGAGUGCCUGCAUUAUACUCAGAUUGUUUGGAGCGGUUCGGUUCAUCUUGGGUGUGCUAGAUCAAAGUGUAACAAUGGCUGGAUGUUCGUCAUUUGCAGCUAUUCCCCACCAGGCAACGUUGAAGGCGAAAGACCUUAUUGAUUCUCUUUGCUUUGCUUUUUUAUAUUAUAAUAUUAUCUAGUAUCUCCUUGUGU